CCUGAGGAUUUAUAACCGCAUCUCAUUCAUUUCGUUUCUGAUCAAAGAGGUGGCAGUGAAUACACGAUAAGAGGAGAAAAGGAGUCAGGCUUUGUCCCCGCUUUUAUUAGUAUAUCGACUUGCCCCCGUGACUUCUUUAUCUGCUGGUAAAAAAAGAAGCGUAAUGGAACGCAAAAUCCCCAACUUCGCUGGAAACUGGAAAAUGAAAAGCUCAGAAAAUUUUGACGAACUUCUGAAAGCUUUGGGAGUAAAUGUGAUGCUCCGGAAGAUUGCUGUUGCUGCAGCUUCUAAGCCAGCAGUGGAGAUUCGGCAAGAUGGUGAAACUUUCUACAUAAAGACAUCCACCACAGUUCGCACCACCGAAAUCAACUUUACAGUUGGGGAGGAGUUUGACGAGCAGACUGUGGAUGGAAGGCCUUGUAAGAGCAUGCCGAAGUGGGAUGGAGAAAACCGCAUCAAAUGUGAACAGACACUGCUGAAGGAAGGGCCAAAAACAUCUUGGACACGGGAGUUAACUAAUGAUGAGAGGCUUAUACUGACUAUGAGUGCCGAUGAUGUGGUCUGUACCAGGAUCUACGUGCGAGAGUGAACACAGCAAUGCACAGUCUGUCAUAAAUGUCUGCUAUUCAACAACCGUGGGCUUUGAAUUUCUUGCUGGCUGUGGGUGUAGUGGUUGACUGUGCUAUGACUUCUGCUUCCAUUGGACUACAACAUGUGAAGAGUGACACCAGAACAACAGCCUUUUACUUUGUGCCCAAGCCCCACUGACACCUCCACCCUGUCUAGUACCCUCAGGAGCCAAGCAGAAGCUGUAGGCCCACAGUGGGACUGGUGACAGUCAUCGGCAUGAGUGGCCUUGCAGCUCAAAUUCAUUGCUCAAUGUAAUUGGAAAUUAAAAUGCUAGCGACAUGCCAGAAUAACAUAAAUACCUGUAGCUCUCUAAGUAUCUUAAAUGGAAAUGUGUAGUCUGUAUUUCAUGUUUGUCUGUUCAGAGUGUUUUUUAAUUAGCCAAUUUGUUUUCUCAGUGUAAUCCCUGCAUUGCGUAUGUUUUUAUAAGUCAUAUUUAUUUUGAUAAUAUUUUAUACAUUUUUUAGUAACUUCUACUUGUGUCAUUUCCUGUGGACGUGAAACUUUGCCAAAAAUAAAGCACAGGUUAGACCAGAAAAAAAUG